UGUGGUCACCGGCGGCGAGAACCGAGGCUUCGUCGUGACCAUAUCUCCCAAAUAUAUAAAUUUGGAGGAGAAGAAAAAAAUAAUUCGUUUUUGAUUUGCUCUAAAUGGGUAGAUGGAGAGCAGUAGCUGCUCUACUCCUUCGUAAUCAAAUUCUCAAAUCGUCAAAGAGACUACUAGACCCUUGUUCUCCAUGUGUUUCGAAACACCCGUCGCUUGGUUUAGUACCUUCUCGUUUCCUCGAUUUCCGAUACUUGUCAUCGCUCCCGUCUCCGAUUUCGACUCACAGCAAUGACUCUGAUUCCGGGUCGACUUAUGCGUAUCAAAAAUAUGAAUUUGGAACAGAGGAAGAUGAAGAACAAGGGAAGAUCCCUAUCAAAGCCUAUUUUCUCAGUACUAGUAUUGAUUUGAAGGCAAUGCAAGCUGAAAACUUAUGCAAUGUUGUUCCUCCUACCUCACGUUCUACCAAUUUUAUUGCCCUCAAAUUUUCUGAUUUUGCUUCUGGAAUCCAAACUCUGGAUGAGAGGGAGAGUGUAAGCAACUGCCAGUUCAUGGUUGUCUUUCAAUACGGUUCUGCUAUUCUUUUUAAUAUUGAUGACAAUGACGUUGAGCGUUAUCUUGACAUUGUUCGUAGACAUGCUUCUGGAUUGCUUAAAACUAUGCAAAAAGAUGAUUAUGCUGUGAAGGAGGAGCCUUUGUUGACUGAGGAAUUCAAAGGUGGCCCUGACUACAUUGUUCUCAGAACUUUAGAUACUGAUAGCAUCCGUAUAAUUGGGACUGUGCUUGGGCAGAGUAUUGCAUUGGAUUACUUUGUUUCUCAGGUACACAAGCUGUUGGAAGAGUUUGCUGAUAUAAACCGUGCAAUGGAGAAAACCGGAACUUUCACGAUGACCAGGAAAAAGCUCUUUCAACUUGUAGGGAAGGCGAAUUCUAAUCUAGCUGAUGUGAUUCUCAAAGUUGGUUUGUUUGAGAGAUCUGAGAUUGCUUGGAGAGAGGCAAGAUAUGCUCAGAUAUACGAGUAUUUAAGAGAAGAUUACGAUUUCACUCAGAGAUUUGAGGAUCUAGACUAUAAGCUGAAGUUUAUAAUGCACAACAUUCACUUCCUCCAAGAGGUGAUGCAGAACCGACGAUCAGAUCUCUUAGAAUGGUUGAUUGUCGUCUUACUGGUUGUUGAGAACGCAAUAGGCAUUUACGAGAUUGUUCGAGAAUCCGCAGGAAUUGCACUUACAUCAUUGUAGGGUGUCCAAUUCUGUGAAGUCAAGUUCAUUUAUUUUUAUCUUUAGUUUUACAUCUGUAAUAAAAUUAACUUGACUCGCUAGCUUGUGUCAACACAUAGUCUUUGGAAUUUAGGAUCAAUACAAAUGAUAUGCUUUCUUCUUUCAAAAA